AUGGCGGAUGCUUUUGAUACUUACGAUGUAUACCAAGACAAGCUCUUUCCUGCUGUCGCUGUCGCUUCCUUCACAGGGCCUUUUAUUGUGGGUGAAUUCAGCUUUUAUCAAGACAACACUGGGCAAGUGGUUGCUACAGGUGCAUUUCAAAAGGGUUUACUACAAGACCGAGAGUACCAAUUCAGAUUCCAUCAGGGUCCAAACUGUGAAAACUUGGGUGAGGCUGUAAUGGCACACUACUUUGAAACCAUGCAUGUGCUAGAUAUUGGAGGCACCCCACCUAUUCAGGAACCAUUGAAUGUCCACUUGACUGACGAAGACGGAUAUAUGGGUCUACCUUGGGUACUAUCGGAUGGUGUACAUGAUUUAGCCUGUGUCGUGCUUAAAGGCCAUCAAACAAAAUAA